UUGGCGUCAUGGCUUAUGCUUUUUGCAUCAUUUGUUUAUUACCCUUAUUACGACAAAAUUCCCAUGCAGUUUCAUAUUCGUUACACUUUUCGUCUAUGGCAUAAAUCAGUUGAGCAAUGCUCUUAUCCUAUGAACGUAUAUUCAAUUCUAUCAGUGUGGAAAAUUUGUCCAUCCAAAACUUGGAACGUUCAAUACGAGUGGCUGACGGGCGUGACGAAGUAACCUAAGCAAAAUUCUGUACGCUUCCCUGUUUUUUGAAUCUUAUGUAUGUAUAUAUAUUCAACUAAAAGUCUCGAUUUCUCCAAUCAGAACUGGGAACGUUCAACACGAGUGGCUUACACAGCACAGCAGUGGUUGAAGGGUGUGAAGAAGUAAUCUCAGAACGUACCGAUUGCACUUGCAGUUUUCUAAAAUGACAAGCUCCAAUCCAUGGUGGUUACUUUUGGUUGGAAUUUUGGUGACACUAAGCUUACCACAUUCACAAGCCUUUCGGAGACAUGAAAAUAAGAUAAAAACUGCUGUUUUUCUAUCACCUAAGUUUGUGCUGGGACCAGGAUCAGUGGAAAAUAGAUUAUAUUACAAUCUUGAAUUUCCAAAAGGUCAUAUUGCCUUGAAAAGUUUCAAUGCAGAACUGAUUGAUGAGGCAGGGAAUCCUGUUCCCCUUCAUGAGACUUAUCUCCAUCAUUGGGUUGUUCUAAGAUACUAUGACCUUAAGUCUAAUGAAAAUAAAACACCUAACAUGUCAGAUUUUAUUUCUGGGAGAAAUAGUGGGAUUUGUCAGGAUGGUGCUCUUGAUCAGUUCUUUGGCCUUGGGUCUGAGACACGAAAAACCGCAACUCAUAUUCCCGAUCCAUAUGGAAUAGAAGUUGGUAAUCCUGCUGACGUUCCUUCUGGGUUUGAGGAGAGAUGGAUGUUUAACAUUCAUGCAAUUGAUACAAGGGGUGUGGAAGAUAGAUGGGGAUGUACCGAAUGCAGGUGUGAUCUGUAUAAUGUUACAAAGGAUCAAUCUGGAAACCCUUUGAGCCCAGACUACAAAGGGGGUUUGUUAUGUUGCUAUGAUCGUACACAAUGCAGGUUGAAACAAGGGUUUAAGGGCAUCAGAAGAACCCUUUACCUUCGAUACACUGUGAAGUGGGUCGAUAUGGAUAGCUCUGUUGUGCCCGUUAAAAUUUAUAUAUUUGACGUCGCCGAUGGUUGGAAAAGGUCUGCUAAUUCAACAGGGAUUAAUGCAGAGCACUCUUGCAAGGCGGAAUAUGACGUUGAAUCUUGCCAUGCUACUGGAUUGGCUGGGGAUGGGUGCCUUGACACCAAAAGGAUAAGCCUUGACAUGCCAUUUGGUGGUUAUGUCAUUUAUGGUGUUGCACACCAGCAUGCAGGGGGCUCUGGUUCUGCUCUCUAUAGAGAGGAUGGCCAACUACUUUGUUCUUCAAUACCGACUUAUGGGAAGGGGCAUGAAGCAGGAAAUGAAGCUGGUUAUGUUGUAGGAAUGUCCACCUGCUAUCCUCAACCAGGAACUGUCAAGAUAUCUAAGGGGGAGACUCUGAUUCUGGAAUCUAAUUACAGUAGUUUCAGAUAUCAUACAGGAGUCAUGGGGCUAUUCUACAUUUUGGUUGCCGAACAAUUGCCCAAGCCAAUUCGCACCUAGCACACUUUUGUUCAAACACAGGACAUUCUUAUAUUUUAACUAUCCUUUGGGCCGCGGUAGCAAUUGUGAUGUGAAGAUGUUCUUGUGACACUGUAGUAUGUAUUGCAUCAAUAAAUUCCAUUAAUUUUGUUGUCAAAUGAGAGAUAUAUAGGCAUGAAUAAAGCAACUCUCUGUAAUAAUUUGAAGCUUUGAA